GCCCCCGACAAUUUCUCGCGGGUUCAGCAUGGAUGUUACUCUCGAGCCUUUAUGAAGAGCAUGCUGGCUAAUCAGUCGUCACUACAAUCAAUCGAAACGCAUCGGUGACCAGCGAUCCAACAGAACACCGUUGACGAUUGCCACCUCCCAUCAUGUCUGUUUUCUUCAAGGACAUCUCCACGGACAACCCCGUGCAGAAAGGCGACGUCGAGAAGCUGCUCGAGCCACUUGGUUUGACGAUCAAGGCUGCGGAGUCGGCCGACUAUCAGCGACUGCUUGCUGCGGUGCACGAUUGCGCUACCCGUAUCGAUAGUCUUCCAGACUACCAACCGGCCCCCGACACGAAACGAUACCCCCGAGAGAAUGUACAUAUACCCACAGCAGAAGAGCAAGAGUUUGGGCAUGCGUGGGCACAUCGGUUCUUGAUUAGGGGAGAUAAGUCAGCUUCUGGUCCGUCUCAGGUAUGCCUGAAAGGAAAGACCGUAUGCUUGAAGGAUUGUAUUGCCGUAGCAGGCGUUCCACAAUUCUUCGGCAGCGAUGCUUUUCCUCCGUGGACGCCAUCGACGGAUGCCACAGUGGUGACACGAGUUUUGGAUGCCGGAGCCGAUAUUCUGGGGACGGCUACAUGUGAGCACUUCUGCAACUCCACAGCAUCCUUCACCAGCGCGCAGGGCACAAUCGAGAAUCCUUAUAAGGAAGGCUACUCCACCGGUGGUAGCACCUCUGGGGGUGCCGCCCUUGUUUGUUCCGGAAAGAUCGAUAUCGCGCUGGGCACGGAUCAAGGCGGCAGCAUCCGGGUUCCAGCUUCAUUUUGCGGCUGCGUCGGUGUGAAGCCGACUCACGGUCUGGUGCCCUUCACGGGAAUUACUAGCGGCGAUGCUAUUGAUGACCAUGCAGGGCCUAUCUGCCGUUCGGUCACCGAAGCUGCUGAGUGUCUUGAUGUGAUCUCUGGAUACGACGGCAUCGACGAUAAGUCUCUAGGCGCUGCGGCUCAUGGUUCCUACAACUUCUCUGCUGCUCUGUCAGCGAGCUCCGGUCGUUUGGACGGAAUCAAGAUUGGCCUUUUGAGGGAGGGCUUCGAUCAAGAGAUUGUCGACCCCAACGUCAAAGAACACGUCCUUUCGGCCGCCCGGAAACUGGAGUCUUUAGGGGCAACUGUCGAGCACGUAUCCGUCCCUCUUCAUCUGGAAGGCCCUUCAAUAUGGACAAUACAACAGCGUAUUGCAGGCUCGUCGGGUAUGCUGGGGAGAGCUUCGGGACACAGAGGUCUUGGCCUGACUGAGUUCGAAAAGGCACGGCUGCCCUGGGUUGAUUCGAGCUUUCAAAAGCUUUUCCCUUCCACAAAGAAUACCUUUAUUAAUGGCUUGUAUCUUUCGGACAAAUUUCCGGGUCUCUACAGCAAAACAGUCAACAUCGGUCGGCAAAUCAGCGACGCCUACCAGAGCAAGUUUCAAACGUACGAUGCGAUAAUCAUGCCAACGACUCCUUUUGUGGCACCACGACAUGGGUCUCGAGAUUCUGUAUUGGGUUCAUUUGAACCCACCAUAGGAUUGACCACCAACACCGCCGUAUUCAACGUUACCGGACAUCCAGCAAUGUCAAUACCCGUGGGAUUUGUCGCCGCUAAAGACGACGCGCAGGUCUUACUUCCUGUUGACACCAAGGAGAAGCCAUUCAUCUGUCGAUGUGGAGCUGCCUUUGCCCGGCGUGACUUGCUGACCCGCCAUCAGCGGAUCGCUUUCCACGAGGAUGGAUCUGAGUCUCCGGGGGCCCCAUCGGAGCCGGACUCGGGGGGAACCCAUGGGCCUGUUGAGGCUGAUCUGGCUGCUGCCGUCUCCCUCUCGGGGAUGAGCGUGGACCACUGGGCACAACAGCAACAACCACCUGCACCGCCGUCAGAGCUGUAUCCCAUGGCCGUCCCACGGAACGGCGCUCUCGUAGAUGCCUCAUAUCAGCAGGCUCUGCUUGGAGAUCAAUUCUACGAAAAUGGCAAUCAAGAUGCUGUGGGAUUUGACGCCCACUUCAGAGAGUUUGCCAACUUCCUCGACGGUGUUGGGCUGCCAGCGGAAUGGAGCCCCUACUUUCACGGCCCUGACAGGGAUCACGAGGUUACCGACACAACGGUGAAAAUGUCCAGAGAAGGGACAACUACGCCGGGGGCCCGUAAUAGUAGAACUCGGCCGGGGACGCCUUUCAGUUCGUGGCUGCCAUCGGCGCCCACUGGUAAUCGGAUAUCUGAAACCUUGCCAGACACAAAUCCGCGGUCUGUUGACAUUGAUUCGCAACCGUACCGUAUAUCAGAUGAGCAGCGGCAUCGUCUGAACAACUCCAUUGAAACCUUUCGGGACAUUCUCGAUCCAGAUUUCAAGUUCCCAUCACGGCACGCCUUGUCGCGCUAUCUGACCUCAUUCUUCGAAGGAUUCCACUCGCACAUGCCGUUCAUACAUACGCCAACAUGGCGAGUCCCUGAACACUCCAUUGAACUCAUUCUCGGCCUCGCUGCAGUCGGUGCUCAGUAUUGCUUCGAGCAUCGCAUGUCCGAGAGACUUUUUUAUGCCGGCAAGACCAUUCUCAUGGAGAGGUUGAUGCACGAGUCCGAAACAUUUGGUGCGAAUACCGGUUCAUCUCUCAAUUUUCACAACCUGACGCCACAACGUCGCGCCUCACAAGGUUUCCGGGAGAGGGACUGGGGUCCCUGGGAACCAAUAGAGACAAUUCGAGCCCUGAUUGCCCUCAUGGGUUACGCCACUUGGGAGCCCAAAGUGUCACUCGUGCAGGAAGCGUUUUCUUUACAGGCACUUCUGGCACAGAUCCUUCGAGAAGUCGGUCUUUAUGAAGAGGAUGUCCCUCAACUUCCUGCCGAUCAGGCCACCCCGCAAGCCGCCUGGCAGGCAUGGGUGCGACAGGAGUCUACGCGUCGAGCCAAGCUCAUUGCCUUUUCCUUCAUGCACACUCACAGCAUCGCAUAUAACGUGUAUCCUGUGCUACGCAGCAACGAGGUUGGUCUUCGACUCCCUUGCUCGACUGGAGAGUGGAAAGCGCAGUCGGCGUGCCAGUGGCAGACCGCUCGCCAGGAAACCGAGAAGCAACAACUGUACUUUCAAGACGCUUUGUCCUUGCUAUUAAGGAACACUGAUGGAACCGCUCCCGUUGACCCCAUUCCAACACCACUGGGUAACUACAUCCUCUUACAUGGGCUCCUCCAGAGGAUUUUCAUUGUCCGCGAUCUGUCUUUACCCGUCAUGGAUCAGUCAGCGUCUCUUCCCAGCGAAGAGGUUGACAAGCUUGAACGAGGCCUGCGUUCCUGGACUGCAGGGUGGCAGCAAGCUCCCGAAUCUAGUCUUGACCCCAACAACGAGAAUGGACCCAUCCCCUUCACAUCCAGCUCUUUGCUCGGCCUCGCCUAUGUGCGCAUCUACCUUCACCUUGGUCCGUACCGGCUUCUUGAAUCUCGAGACCCUAUGCGUAUCGCCAAGGCCAUCAACCGGUCUCCUGCUGUGGAGCGGAGUGGUGGUGUCAUCACCGCGCUGCUGUACACUGCUCAUAUGCUCAGUAUCCCUGUACGACUCGGCGUUGACCGUGUUGCGCGAAGCCAGGCAUUCUUCUGGAGCGUUCGUCACUCACUUUCGGGGCUAGAGUGUGCGGUUCUGCUCAGUAAAUGGCUCUCAUCACUCACUGAAUCCGUCGCGACAACGCCUCUUAGUGACAGCGAGGAUCGCAUCUUGCACUGGGUUCGAUGCAUUGUGGAAGAGGCAUACGAUGUCGUCGAUUUCGAAGACGAUGAGCCCGAAACGUCAAUAGAUCGAGAUCCCGCCUCACUGAGCCUCGCCGUUCUGAGAAUAUGGGCACACUUUUUCAAAAGCAACACGCAAUGGCCUUUCAUCAACAUCAUCGGAAAGAGCUUGGAGAAGUACCGUGAGUUGCUUAUGCGCAGCAGAAAGCAGCUGGUCACUUGA